CAUGGCGCUGACCGCGAUCAAAAUCAGGGGGAAACGAAAAGCACCACCGCAGCUGUCGUCAAUCCAAGGCUAUGAAAGUCGGUCAAGUUCAGUAGCCUCUUCCGUGAACUCUCUUCGAAGCGAUUCUCCAUCCCGGCCUGUGAAGCGGCAGAAAUUGCAGUCCGAAUCACAAUCACGACAACAGCGAGCAAAAAGACGUUCCAAGAUGAUGGCGCAGCCAGCAAAACCCUCUCUCCAGGGUAUUCCCCAAGAACUCCUAGAAAUUGUCUUUCUUCAUAGCAUGAAUAUUGCGUUACCCCAGAGCUCUUCGCUACUCGGCGCCAAGCUAUCUGCACACAGCAUCCGCCUUCAAUUUUGCAUCAAGGCCUUCUUCGAUACGCGUGACGAUCAGGACCCGCCAGUAUCCCUUCAAUCAGAGCUCCUAGCCUGCCGGUUCUUCACAUGGCCGUUCUUCCUCAGCUAUGCGGAGAGAGCCUAUUCCCUCCUCAAACGCAAAUCAGAAGCGAGUGGAUGGGGUGACACCGCAAUUCAAGCUCCAGAUCCAAGCUACCUGGAGGGCUUAUGGCCGUACAAGCUAUACAAGAUUGACUAUCUAGGGUUCGCGGAAGGUUUUUUCAUCCCUGACCGACUUCUUUCCGGACCUUGGACCGUGGACAAGGCGAACCUUCUGUAUGUUCUGGUCUGCUUCCAUGGCGAGAUUGAUUGGGCGGGCUCGAUGGCAGGAGAGACGGCAAAGCAAGGGCUUCAUCAGGCCAUUGAAGAAGGAAACGAACGAGCUGUUGCAGCGCUUGCUGUUCUACUGGGCGUAGGGAACGCAUUAUCAACCGAUUUCCUUCAGGCUGCGGUUAUCGAUUACGGGUGCAACAGGCAGGUUGUCCGCCAUCUGCUCUUCAACGCGCAGAUCCUCCCGCGCAAGGACGGCGUAGACUUUCACGAUCCAUCGCUGUGGAACUGGGCAGGGCAAGCAGAAGAGAGAGGCGAACCCAUCGGUGCAUGGCUAAGAGAUAUGUUGAAGAAAGCGGAGAGCUUCUCGCUGAACUUCUACGAGAAAGGGCAAACCGACUUCACUGGAACUGUUUCAUUCCCGUAUUCUGGACCGAAAUUUGAUCCCCGAACAUCUUUCGAGCGAGGCCUAAUCGCGCGGGAGCUUCUCACCAAGCUGUAUACUCAAUACGGUCGCAGAAUCACCGGCGGAGGGUCAGAUUAGCCCAACAUCAGCGGGCUAUCACUUGGUGCAGCUUGAAUUAGCGUUUGAGAGAGAAUUGGUAGAUCAUAUUAGUCGACUAGGAUGCUGGUGGUGUAUAUAAGUUGAAGCAGAACGAGGUCACAUUCACGUUCGCGUUGAGGAAUUGCUAGUCAUGUGGAACUGUGUGCUGAAGAGACGAGAUUCAAUAACUCGUCACAGAUCCGUACACACUUGUCUGGCGCUAGUUGAAGCUCGUCGACGCUUUUUUCUUGGGGGGGGGAAUUCUAAACUUUGUUGAUGGGACCAAUCAGUAAGCCCGCUGGGUCACCUCAGGCAGCGGCAGAACAGUGUACAUGGAUUAAUGACGAGGCACUGUAUGUCAUUACUAAGUAUGAUAACUACG